AUGGCCGCUGCUCCACCCCAGAAAAAUAACCUUCUUCGGACUACUCAGGAACUCAAGACGACGAUUAUGUACGAGCGCAACAUCAUGCGUGAAAUUAGGGUUCUAGACGCGAAGAUUGGUAAACUCGAGCUCCAGCUCAACAGCUUGUUGGAGGAGAUCAUCUCCAAGCCACAAGGCUCACUGUGUUCUUCUGUGUGGGCAGAGCGAGACAGGGCCCGCGCCAAGAGAGAUAGGGCGUACCAGAAGCUCCAGUGCCAGCAGCUGGAGAUGGAGAUCCAAGACCACAAUGAUCAGGGCGGCGCCCCUAAUCAUCCUGCUAGCGCCGUCGGUGCCGACGCCAGCAACUAUCGCAUCUGCAAGGAGCUCAGCGUGGCUAGCUAG